AUGCUGGAAGGGGCGGGGCCGGCUGGCGCCACCAUGGGCGCCCUCGUCCACCUGAGCAGCCUGAGGGGCCUCAGGGCCACCAACGGCGCCCAAGGGGACCUGACAGGCGACGCCCUGAGCGCUGGCCGCGGCGACGACAGGCGCAGCCGCAUCCACGGCGGCAGCGACGGCCGCGACGGCGGGGGGGCGAGGCAGCAGCAGGCCGCAGGGCUGGAGGACAGGGACGGCGCUGCUGGCGCCUCAAAGGGCGGCGCGGCGAGCGACGGCCCCAACAUAGCCAUGUUCGCCCCCGUCGCCGGCGGCCCUACGAGUGGGCUGUCGUCGCCGGUCUCGCUGGACUCCCCUGAUGCCUCGGCGCCCGUGCAGCUCAUCCCGGCGCAGCGCCUGAACUACACCUACGAAGCGCCGCUCCCAGGCGACCCCUCAUCCCUGGCCGGCCCCGCCGACGACGAGGAGAGCGACCAAGAGCCCGACCCUGACGCGGACCCCAGCGCUGCGCCCCCCCGCUCGCCCCGCCCCCCGCGGCCGGUGGUGGUGGGCGGGCCCCCCGGCCUGGUCAUCACGCCGGCGGUGGCGCUGGCGGCGCGCCAGGCGGAGCGCAACGUCAGCAUGACGUCAUGGGUGGUGGCCGCUGUGGAGAUCGCAAACCUGACGGGCCUCGAGGCGGCAUCGGCCGGCUGGAAGGCGACGCGCGCCGGCAGCGCCCUGAUCGCCAAGGCCGCCGGCAUAGACCCCAGCCAGGUGGAGGUGGCCAUGAGCGCAAACCUAACGCUGGGCGUCCGCCUCGCCGGCGCAGACCUCGGCGCCAACCCACGCGCCACCACGCGCGCGCUCAAGCGCGCGUUUGCCGAGCUCGCGCUCGGGUUCGACGGGGGCCUCAUAUCCGUGUACCCCGCGCCGCCGCCCGACCCGGCAGCGGCGGGGCCAAAAGCUGAU